GACAGCUGCUGGAGACUGUCUCGAGCAGAGCGGCGCUUCUCAGGUCGUGGCCGGCUGCAGCGUGUGUAGGAGGUGGCGUAACGCGAGUGCUUGGUGCGGGAAUGCAAGAUGCGCUAACCGUGUUCCACCGGAGCAAAGCAGAAAAUUAAGAAGAAGCAAACGGGCUGCACACCUCGUGGGACAGGAAUUGCACGUCUUAGUAAAUUAAUGCAGCGCUUGCAAACUGCAGAUUAUAUUGACAAGAGACUAAUAAGGAUUUGGAGAAAAAGAGCUAUAGAGCCGCAUAAUAUCAAAAUUGGGUAUUGGAGGAAAAACCCAACACCUAGAAAUUACAUACAAGGAUAGAGUUGCAACAGGGCAAAAAUAAUUGAAUAAGACAUGGCUGACAGAACAGCUCCAAAUUGUCACUUGCGGCUAGAGUGGGUUUAUGGAUAUCGAGGGCAUCAGUGUCGCAACAACCUGUACUACACCGCGGCAAAGGAAAUAGUGUAUUUCGUCGCCGGGGUUGGAGUAGUUUAUAAUACCAGGGAACAUAAGCAGAAAUUUUACCUUGGGCACAACGAUGACAUAAUCAGUUUAGCUCUACAUCCUGAGCGUGUACUGGUAGCAACUGGUCAAGUUGGGAAGGAACCCUAUAUCUGUGUAUGGGAUUCCUACACGGUCCAGACGGUGUCCAUUCUGAAAGACAUCCACACACAUGGGAUAGCCUGUUUAGCCUUUGAUCUGGAAGGACAGUGUUUAGUGUCUGUCGGUUUGGAUUCUAAAAACAUGAUCUGUGUAUGGGACUGGAGACGAGGAAAAGUGCUGGCCACGGCACCAGGUCACACAGAUAGGAUAUUUGAUAUAUCCUGGGAUUUGUAUCAACCUAGCAAGCUUGUAAGCUGUGGAGUGAAACAUAUCAAGUUCUGGAGUUUAUGUGGGAACGCUUUAACUCCAAGGCGGGGUGUAUUCGGGAAGACAGGAGAUCUCCAAACAAUAUUGUGCCUUGCUUGUGCAAGAGAUGAAGUCACCUAUUCAGGUGCCCUUAAUGGUGACAUAUAUGUCUGGAAGGGAAUUAAUCUUGUUCGAACUGUGCAAGGUGCUCAUGGGUCAGGAAUUUUCAGCAUGAAUGCUUGUGAGGAAGGAUUUGCCACAGGGGGCCGGGAUGGCUGUGUUCGUCUGUGGGAUUUAAAUUUUAAACCAAUUACUGUGAUUGAUCUCAGGGAAACUGACCAAGGAUAUAAAGGCCUCUCUGUAAGGAGUGUGUGCUGGCGAGGAGACCACAUUCUAGUCGGUACACAGGACAGUGAGAUAUUUGAGGUGGUAGUUCAUGAAAGGAACAAGCCUUUCCUGAUUAUGCAGGGCCACUGUGAGGGAGAGCUGUGGGCUCUGGCAGUUCACCCAACAAAGCCAUUAGCCAUGACUGGGAGUGAUGACCGCUCUGUAAGGAUUUGGAGUCUUAUUGACCAUGCACUGAUCGCUCGUUGUAAUAUGGAAGAACCGAUUCGCUGUGCUGCUGUGAGUACAGAUGGAAUUCAUUUGGCUCUGGGAAUGAAAGAUGGUUCUUUCACUGUGCUACGGGUCAGGGAUAUGACAGAAGUUGUUCACAUUAAAGACAGAAAAGAAGCAAUUCAUGAGCUGAAGUACUCGUCUGAUGGUGCACACCUGGCUGUCGGCUGCAAUGAUAACUCUGUGGAUAUAUAUGGAGUUGUGCAGCGUUACAAAAAAGUUGGGGAAUGCAUUGGUUCUACUAGCUUUAUAACCCAUAUGGACUGGUCAACUGACAGUAAAUAUCUUCAGACAAAUGAUGGAGGUGGAAAAAGAUACUUUUACAAAAUGCCAAGUGGUAAAGAAGUUACUAACAAAGAAGAAAUUAAACUUGUUCAGUGGUCAACUUGGACAUGCGUGUUGGGUCCUGAAGUUAAUGGAAUAUGGCCUAAAUAUUCUGAUAUAAAUGAUAUUAAUUCAGUUGAUGCAAACUUUGCAAAUCAGAUUUUAGUAACUGCUGAUGACUAUGGGCUGGUUAAACUGUUUCGAUAUCCCUGUUUAAAAAAAGGUGCAAAAUUUAGAAAGUAUUUAGGUCAUUCUGCUCAUAUAACUAAUGCUAGGUGGUCAUAUGACUAUCAGUGGGUUAUUACUAUUGGAGGAGCAGAUCAUUCUGUAUUUCAGUGGAAGUUUGUUCCAGAACGAAAAUCUAAGGAAGCUCUUCAUAUAGCACCUCAAGAAACUUUAGCAGAAUCCAACAGUGAAGAGUCAGAUUCUGAUCAGUCAGAUGUGCCAGAGAUGGAUUCAGAAAUUGAACAAGAAACACAGCUUUCAUACAGACGGCAAGUUUAUAAAGAUGAUCUACCUCAGCUCAAAGAACAAUGCAAAGAAAAACACAGAGCAUCAACAACAAAAAAGAGAGAAAAGGCACCUGGCAAUAGCAUUCGACUUCACUUUAUACACGGGUAUAGGGGCUACGACUGUAGGAGCAACCUGUUUUAUACACAGACAGGAGAGAUUGUGUAUCAUGUGGCUGCAGUGGGUGUUGUGUACAAUCGGCAGCAGAACACGCAGCGCUUCUAUCUGGGACAUAAUGAUGACAUUCUCUGUCUGGCCAUUCACCCGUUGAAGGAUUAUGUAGCAACUGGUCAGGUAGGAAGAGACUCUUCGAUUCAUAUCUGGGAGACAGAGAUGUUAAAACCCUUGUCUGUUUUAAAAGGAUACCAUCAAUAUGGAGUAUGUGCUGUAGAUUUCUCAGCGGAUGGAAAGCGGUUGGCUUCUGUUGGCCUUGAUGAUAAUCAUACUAUUGUUCUGUGGGACUGGAGAAAGGGAGAAAAGUUAUCAGCAAUCAGGGGAAGUAAAGACAAAAUUUUUGUCAUCAAGAUAAAUCCAUACAUUCCAGACAAACUUGUAACGGCUGGGAUAAAGCAUAUUAAAUUCUGGCACAAAACAGGUGGAGGUCUAAUUGGUAGAAAAGGGAAUAUGGGAAAAACCGAAACAAUGAUGUGUGCUGUAUAUGGCUGGACUGAAGAGAUGGUUUUCUCAGGAACCUCAACAGGAGACAUCUGCAUCUGGAGAGAUAUGUAUCUCAUUAAAACUGUAAAGGCUCACGAUGGACCUGUCUUCAGCAUGCACGCGUUAGAAAAGGGCUUUGUGACAGGUGGCAAAGAUGGAGUUGUGGCUCUUUGGGAUGAUACAUUUGAACGAUGUCUGAAAACAUACGCUAUUAAACGAGCUGUCCUUGCACCUGGAUCCAAAGGGUUGCUGCUUGAAGAUAAUCCUUCAAUCCGUGCCAUAUCAUUGGGUCAUGGCCAUAUUUUGGUUGGAACUAAAAAUGGAGAAAUUCUAGAGGUGGACAAAAGUGGACCAAUAACUUUACUUGUUCAGGGUCACAUGGAAGGAGAGGUGUGGGGUUUGGCCACUCAUCCUCAUUUGCCAAUCUGUGCCACUGUCAGUGACGAUAAAACUCUUCGAAUCUGGGAUCUUUCUCCAAGCCACUGUAUGCUGGCCGUUCGAAAGCUUAAGAAAGGGGGCAGGUGUUGCAGUUUUUCUCCAGAUGGCAAAGCUCUGGCUGUGGGCCUCAAUGAUGGAAGCUUCAUUAUAGUAAAUGCAGACACACUUGAAGACCUGGUCUCAUUUCAUCACCGAAAAGAUGUAAUUUCAGACAUUCGCUUUUCACCAGGUGCUGGUAAAUAUCUGGUGGUUGCCUCCUGUGAUGGCUUUGCUGAUAUUUAUAACGUCAUGAGUAGCAAGAGAGUUGGAGUGUGUAGAGGGUCUCAGAGCUACAUAACCCAUAUGGACUGGGACAGGAGAGGGAAACUGUUACAGAUUAAUACUGGUGCUAAAGAACAGUUAUUCUUCGAAGCUCCACGUGGAAAGCAACAAAUUAUACCUGCAACAGAGGUAGAGAAGAUUGACUGGUAUAGUUGGACCGGUGUUCUUGGACCUGUGUGUGAGGGCAUCUGGCCAUUAGUCAGUGAAGUAACGGAUGUCACUGCUGCCUCUUUGACCAAUGAUAAAAAGGUGCUUGCUACUGGAGAUGACUUUGGAUAUGUUAAACUAUUCAAAUAUCCAGUAAAGGGUAAAUUUGCAAAGUGUAAGAGAUAUGUGGCACACAGCACUCAUGUUACCAAUGUACGAUGGACACAUGACGAUGCUCUGCUUGUGACUGUUGGUGGAUCGGACACUUCACUGAUAAUCUGGACACAUGAGAACGAGGGACACAGAGAACCCAGGCAGUGCGAUAGUGAGGAGUCCGAUAUAGAAUCAGAGGAUGAUGGAGGUUAUGACAGUGAUGUUACAAGGGAGAAUGAAAUGAACUACACAAUCAAGGCCUUAUCCGCAAGCAUUCGAACAAUGUCUGGAAUCAAGCCUCACUUGCAGCAGAAGGAGCUUUCUGUAGAUGAAAGGCAGGGCGUUGUAAGAGGAUCCAGACCACCUGUAAGUAGGGCCCUGCCGCAGCCUGAAAAGCUUCAAACAAAUAAUGUGGGCAAAAAGAAAAGGCCAAUUGAGGAUUUAGUUCUGGAGCUGGUAUUUGGAUACAGAGGCAAUGACUGUCGUAAUAAUGUCCAUUACUUAAACGACGGGGCUGACAUCAUUUACCACACGGCUUCAGUUGGCAUUGUGUUCAAUCUGGCAUCAGCUUCCCAGAGUUUUUACAUGGAGCAUACUGAAGACAUCUUGUGCCUGACUAUAAAUCAGCAUCCAAAAUUUCCUAAUGUAGUAGCAACAGGGCAAGUAGGUGAUUCUGCAGACAUGUCAGCUGCUUCCCCCUCCAUUCAUGUCUGGGACGCCAUGAACAAACAAACCCUGUCUGUGCUGAGGUGCUUCCAUGCCAAGGGUGUCUGUUCGGUCAGCUUCAGUGCCACGGGAAAACUGCUGCUAUCAGUGGGACUGGACUUGGAGCACACGGUCACCAUCUGGAAGUGGCAGGAAGGUGCCAAAAUUGCCAGCAGGGCAGGCCACUGCCAGCGUAUCUUUGUGGCCGAGUUCAGGCCGGACUCAGACACUCAGUUUGUCUCAGUUGGUAUUAAACACGUUCGCUUUUGGACACUGGCUGGGAGGGCACUCCUUAGCAAGAAAGGCGUCCUCAGUUCCAUUGAGGAGGCCAGAAUGCAGACCAUGCUGUCCGUGGCGUUUGGAGCUAAUAAUCUGACAUUUACAGGCACCAUAAGUGGAGACGUGUGUGUUUGGAAGGAGCACAUUCUCGUUCGAAUCGUAGCCAAAGCUCACACGGGCCCCGUCUUCACCAUGUACACGACGUUACGAGAUGGACUGAUUGUAACUGGAGGCAAAGAAAGGCCGUCAAAAGAAGGAGGUGCACUAAAACUGUGGGACCAGGAGUUAAAACGAUGCCGAGCCUUCAGGCUUGAGACCGGGCAGAUCAUAGACUGUGUGCGCUCGGUCUGCAGAGGGAAGGGAAAAAUCCUUGUUGGAACAAGAAAUGCUGAGAUCAUUGAGGUUGGGGAGAAGAAUGCAGUGUGCAACAUACUGGUUAAUGGCCACAUGGACGGCCCCAUCUGGGGUUUAGGGACACAUCCUACAAGGGACGUAUUCCUGUCAGCAGCAGAAGAUGGCACCGUGAGACUGUGGGACAUUCCUGAAAAGAAGAUGCUCAACAAGGUCAACGUGGGCCAUGCAGCCCGAACUGUAUGUUACAGUCCAGGAGGGGACAUGGUGGCGAUCGGAAUGAAGAACGGAGAGUUCAUUAUACUGCUGGUGACGUCUUUGAAAAUCUGGGGAAAGAAGAGGGACAGAAGGUCGGCAAUUCACGACAUAAGGUUUAGCCCUGAUUCCCGAUACCUGGCCGUUGGCUCCAGUGAGAAUGCCGUGGAUUUUUAUGACCUGAUGACGGGUCCUGCCCUUAACAGGAUCAACAGCUGCCGAGAUAUUCCAAGCUUUGUCAUACAAAUGGACUUCUCAGCAGAAGGCAGCUAUAUACAGGUGUCAACUGGAGUCUACAAGCGCUUGGUGUAUGCAGUGCCCUCAGGAAAACUAGUCAGUGACCAGGCUGUAAUCGACAGAAUUACCUGGGCCACAUGGACAGGUGUUCUUGGAGAUGAAGUAGUUGGCAUCUGGUCUCGCAACACAGAAAAAGCCGACAUAACCUGUGCCUGUGUCUCCCAUUCUGGCCUCAACAUCGUUACAGGCGAUGACUUUGGAAUGGUAAAGCUGUUUGACUUUCCAUGUCCAGAAAAGUUUGCCAAACAUAAAAGGUUUCUUGGACAUUCUGCACACCUGACAAACAUUCGAUUUACUAGUGGUGAUCGGUACGUCAUCAGUGCCGGAGGUGACGACUGCAGCUUAUUUGUGUGGAAAUGUGUGCAUACCCCUCACUGAAGAGCAGACAGACGUGCAGAUGUAGGGGCUGCAUGGGACACCUCAGCAUGAGCUAAAUGCAAGUCUAAGACCCCGGCUGACUGCAUGGAAGAUGGAGGCACAUGAAUAAGGCAGCUAAAGUAUAAAACAUUUUGGAGUUUUCAGCUUCAGAAAUCCUCAAUGCCUUGACAGAGCAAUGGGUGCAGAUUUAAACUGUCAUUUUGCUAUAGCAUACAGAAAUGUUUAGUAUGCCAAUCAUGUAAUUAAAAAACAUUUCUUUCUUUUUGCCACACAACCUUUUCUGAGAUUGGCAUAAACCCUGAAAUGCCAUCUCUGCACUGGCAGUGAAGGGGUACCCGAUACAGUGUUUGGAACAAAAUGUUACUGUUUGUACAUACUGCAUUUGUAUUGGCAAUAAAGUGCCAGUAAUCACAGUUUAGAUUUCCUAAUGCAAUUUACGAUAUGCAUAGCAAAUAUGACUAGCCUUAAACUUUGUGAACUUCUGUAAUGAUGAGGUGAAUCUCGAUUUUUAAACGUAAUUGCUUAUGGGUGUUUUAAGAACUACAAUAUCCUGUGGCCUUCUUCCUGAAUGUACCAUCCAAACAAUACUCUGGAUGUCAGCAUGCCAAAGCAUACUAUGCACUGUUUACUUGUACCAAGCACUGUGGUUACCCUGGCAGUUUUGUUAAUCUUGUAAUUGUGUCGUUUAUCAUUUUCACCCUCUUAAGAUAAGUGAUCCUGUUCGAGGUAAGCUAGCACUUUGGCCUGUGCAGUAAACUCGGUGUCUGUGUGUGCGCACACGCAUGGCUUCAAUAGAUAGGACUUAGACAAUCCCAAACAACCAAAAGACCUUAGAAUCCUAAAUAUGUACUGUAAUGUCUGUUCAUUCAUUUGGAGAUCACUUUUUUUAAGCGUGCUGCUAAAACCUUUUUAAUUCACACAAUCAAAAUGUUAAUAUGAACUGAAGACUACUGUAUUUUUAUUAAAUAUUUCUAAGUAAUCAUUAACAAGUAUGGAAUGUGGUGAAUUACAAAAAAGUGCAAAAAAUCAGUUUCUUCCUUAUUUCAGCAUUGUUUUGUACACUUCAGUUUCAAGGUACUGUACAACUACAUCUUUACCUUUCCCAGUGUCAAUGUACAUAUCAUUUGUAAAUAUGGUCUUUUGUAUAUUUUGUCAAAUGUUUCCUACAUCGAUCUUUAAUAAAAAAAAGAAAUAAUUUCCAUAUAUAACCUC